AUGGCAACAUUUUUAGAUAAUUUUAACAAUCUAAAAGAAAAAGAUGAUGACAAUAAUGAUUUAAUUUUAGGGCAAAUAAUUAAAAAAAAUGAAAAUAUUUAUUUAAAAAAUAAUAUUUUAUCAGACAUUAACUUGCAUUACAAAAACAUUGAAAAUAUUCAAUUUCAUAAAUCAAUUAAAAAUUUAAAAGAAAUAUAUAAUGUUGGUGAUGGAAUUGAAGUUGCCUCAGAAAAUUCAAUAACUGGACGAUGGAGUGCAAUAAUUAUUGCUAUUUGUUUAAUAGAAUUAAAAAAUAAAAAAAGUGCACAUUCUAUUUAUAUACAAUACUUUGAUAAAGAUACAGGUGAUCAAAAUAAUAAGUACCACUUUUUAAGAAAAAGCUUUUCAAGUAUAGUAUUUGAUAACAUAGUAAACACAUUAAUACCAAUACAAAUCGAUUCGUCUAACUAUCUUAUAAUUUAUAAGUGCCAUGACCAAUUUUCAAUAAGUAAAAAAAAAAAAUGA